UUUUUUAUUAACUUUUAUUUAUACAGAUUGUCUUUUUGAGAUUUAAGAUCUUAUUUACGUGAAGGUAAUUUUUUGUGUGUAAAAAGCCUAAAAAUAAAUGGAUCUUUAUUGCAGUGACAAGAUUCUAUUAUACAAUGUUCGCUUUAUUUUUCACCUAUUGCAAUGAUUUCAUGGUGAAAUAGAGACUGUCCUGACUGCUGCAGUACCUGUGCCAUGUCAUGUGACCUGCUUAGCAUGUUGUGCUAGCGUGGUGUUUGUGUUUAUUGUGUACUACAUUUUGGAUUUACAUAUUUAGAUUUCUAUUACUGUAGUUUAUUUUCAAUAAACUACAGUAACGAUCAACUCGAAAAUGAGGUGAUUCAUGUAUCCUUAAAACAAAUACAUAAAUACAUUGAAACGUGUUAUGAGUUUCAUUAUUAACAAGUCAUAUCAAAACAUGCUAACUUAAGUUUAGUAAACUGUUAGCAUAAAAGCAUUGCUAGCAGGAGCGAUAUUAGUUUUAUAAAGAAAUUUAGAUAAAGUUAUGAUAAAAUAUUCGGUGUUGGGUUGUUGGGUGCAGCGACAAAAUGUUUGCCGCUGUGUUAAUGUCGACCAUAAAGCUAAUUAAUUUGACUGCACUUCGUCUUUAUGCUGUUGAUUUUAGAUGAUUAUUGGAUCGAUAUUUUGUCCAAAGCAAAAUCCUGAAAAUAAAAUAACUCAUUUUGCUGCUUCCAUGGAGGAAAUGACAAAAAACAUGGAAACAGCUGAAUUUCAAAACGAAAAUACAAAUGACCACUAGAGGGCGCUAAAGUGCAAUUGUUGGAUAUUCUAAUUACUUAAAUUGCUAGAAGAAGAAUCUUUUGUUUAGCUUUGAGCACAGCAGCUGUUGUUUAGCAUAGCUUGUAUUUCUUUAUUCGUUAGUUUGUUAGACCCGCAGCUGGUUUCAGUGUUUUGUCUGCAGUUUGAACCACAAUGGCCUUCCCGGCGCCGGUGUGGCUCGCUGUCCAGGAGGAGCUGCUGGAAAGCGGCGAAACAGAGGAGGACUGCGACUCCCAGAGCUGUUUCAACGACUUUACCGACCAGGCUUUGUUUGAGACCUUCCACCUCUCCAGACCCUGCAUAGCCUUCAUCGCAGACGCUGUCCGCAUGCGCGUUAAGUCGGCCGCCUUUAAGAAGAGCCAGCCUCGGGUGGACUUGAUGCUCAUGGCCGCGCUGAACUACUACGCCCACGGCGUGUUUACCACUUCCGUGCAGACCAAGGCAAGGAUCAACCUGGUCAAUGCGGUCCACAUCAUCUCCGGGGUUAUCGCGGGAAUGUCGGACGUGUUCAUCUCCUUCCCUCUGACCGCCGAAGCCAAAGCCAGAACUGCGUCCAGGAUGGAGGAGCUCUGCGGGAUCCCCAACGUCCUGGGCGUCCUGUCCCCGGCGCACUUCAAGAUCAGAGCCUCUCCCUACGACAAGAAGUCCUUCAAGUCGUUCAUCAACACGCUGGGGUACACGUCGGUGGUGAGCCAGUUCAUAUGCGACGUUGAGGGAAACAUCCUGAGCGUGGAGAAGUGCUGCGUGGGCAGCGCGUUUGAGCAGGAGCUGUGGGACUCCUCGUUCAAAGGGAGGGAGGUGGAGGACGGUCUGCACGGACCUUUCUGGUUUAUUGGAGGGAAAGGCUACCGGUUGAGCAAACACGUCCUGACCUCCGUGAUCAACCCGGUGUUUGACCGCGAGGUCCGCUUCAACGAGGCGCACGCCAAGGUGCACCGCGUCAUGCAGAGCAUGCUCGGCGCCAUGAAGAGGCGCUUCAGGUGUCUGCAGCAGCUCGGCUUUGCAGAAGAAGGUUCUCUGAACAAAAAGUCCAACAUCAUCAAGUCGUGCAGCGUUCUGCACAACAUUGCCAAAAAGUUCUCCGUCCCUCUGCCGCCGCGGGCCGGGAUGGCUGAACCGUCGUACCCGGGCAAGAUGUAUACGUGUCCGAUGGAGAUCAGCCCAGAGGCACUAAAAGCCCGACAGGAACUCAUCGACAAGAACUUCUCUGCCUCCGUCAGCAACCAGGACUCAUCGUGAAGCAAGGAGGAUCCAUUAAAUUAAUUCUGUUAACUUUGAUGCAAUUAACCCUUUAACUGCUGAUUGACCCAUUGACCUGCAUGUGACAGUAUUUGGGGUGACAGUUAAAGGGUUAAAGAAGAAAACGUUUAAAGUUUUUUUUCUUCCAGUCAGGAAACUUUGAUUGUUUUGAAUAUAAAAUAUUUUAUUUCUAUGUACAGAUUACAUUUUUCUACUUGAACAAUUUUAUAAUUCUAAUAAAAUUUAUAACAUUC